CCACAACACAUAACAUGUCGUUGUCCAAUCCAUGCACCCAGAAUGGCGGUACAAUCCUUGCCAUCGUCGGUGCAGACUUUAGUGUUGUAGCGGGUGACACUCGCCAGAGCGAGGGAUACAAUAUUCAGACCCACUUUGCUCCCAAGGUAUUUCGGUUGACGGACCGUGCGGUGUUGGCUGUAAAUGGUUUCGCAGCUGACAGAAACAUGUUCGUCAAGAAAGUAAAGCAGCGCCUUGAAGAUAUGCCCCUCCGUUCGAUUGCGCGGUUGAUCCAGACGAUGCUGUACUCCCGUAGGUUUUUCCCGUACUACGUGUACAAUAUCUGGGAGGUAUCGAGGAGGACGGUACGCUCUGGUGCAGUGUACUCCUUCGACCUCGUCGGGUCCUACGAGCGCGAAACUUGCCGCGCAGCAGGACCAGUCCAGUCCCUGCUACAGCCUUUCCUGGAUAACCAGCCUGCGCCAGGAACGCCUCACCUGACACAUUUGCCACUAAAGGUAGUGCUCGCACUCGUCAUUGAUUCAUUCACGAGUGCAACGGAGAGGCACAUCGAGGUCGGAGAUGCACUGCAAAUCUAUAUUGUCCUUGCCAAAGGACGAGGCUUGCAGGGGUUGGAGGGCGCAAAAGGUUUAGAAGAGUUAACGAUAUCGGAGGAUGGCGAGCGGAUAUUUCUGGUUCAGCAAGAUCUCAAGAAGGAUUAGUAAUCCUCCGAAAAGUAUGCAAACUAUCAUAGUUUUAGUACACAAGCCAA